AUGGAAGACGGCGGCGGCGGUGGAUACGGCGGCGGCUCGAGCCCCUACGCUCAGCGCGCCGAGGGUGGUGGACAGCAGGCCGCUCCCGCCGACACCUACGUCCAGCAGUCCCAGCCUUCGCAAGCUCAACAGCAACAGCAGGCGUACGCAGCGUACGCAGCAGCAACCGCUUCUGGAUCCGGAUCUGGAGGCAACAGCGAGGCCCAGGGCUCCUCCAACACCGGAAACCAGGAAUCGACGACUGGCUUCGUUUUCCCCGUCCACAAGGGCCCGAUCCCCACCGCCGCUCCGAUUCCCCAGACCGCUCCUCCCCCCGCUCGACCUGCGCCCGCGUCUGAGCCCGCAGCUCUCCAGUCCCCCUUCGGCGGCGCCGCCAACGCCCACGUCCACUACCCUCCGCAGAAGAUGAACAUCAACCAGCACAAGGGGUUCCAGAGCGUGCCUCUGAACGACGACCCCGAGCGCGGGUACGCAGAGGAACUUGCCCAGCCGCAGCCUCACACUUACGCUAGGAAAUCCAAGCUCGGAUUCAUCCCUCUCGGCCCCUCUCGUAACAACAGUGUCGGGUCGUUCGGCACCUCGAUCAAUGAGAAGGAGAGCACGGCCGCGAGCCCGCAGCAGAAGCAGAAGCGUCGUCUGUCGUCCGCCGACUGGGAGACUUUCAAUUCGAGCACCUCCAAGCACAAGAACCUUCAGUUCGCCGAUGGAGACUUUGGCAAGGGCGCCUUUGCCAAGUUUUGGCUCUGGGCGCUUAACCGCUCGUUCGUCUUCCGAUGGGCCAUCUUCAUCAUCCCGAUCCUCGCCAUCUUUUGGAUUCCCGGUAUCAUCUGGGCUGCCGGCCGGCGCGACGCCGAGGUAUGGAACGUCAAGCUCCUCUGGUGGUCGAUCUGGCUUACUAUUGCAUGGCUCGGCUUCUGGGCCGCCAAGCUCGUUUGCAUGGCAAUCCCUCACAUCUACAAGCAGACCAUUGUCGUGAUCGCCCCCGCCGCCGGCAAGUACACCGACGUCGUCCGCAACCUCGGCAAGUACUUCAAGUAUGUCCUGUGGUCGCUUGCCAUCUGGAUCGCCUGGAACCCCAUCAUCAUCAACCACUGCCAGCGCUACGUCGACGGCCGCCUCGAGACCUACCAGGACGCUGCCAAGGCGAACGCGUCCCUCGCCAACGCCACCCUCCUCGACAACUGGGGCGACGCUCCCGAGACUUCCGGAUGGAGCAACAUUUCGCUCGCCGGCAAGAUCAUCUUCGGCGUCUGGCUCUGCACGCUGAUCCAGCUCGCGGAGAAGCUGAUAGUGCAGCUUAUCGCGUUCAAGUUCCACGAGGACUCUUAUGCUGAUCGCAUCGACGAGCAGAAGUUCCAGGUCAAGGCCCUGACCCAGCUCUACAUGAACUCGCACGACAUUCCUGGCCGCAGCGACACGCUCAAGGACCACGACACGAUCAAGACGGAGCGCUCGCAGGCGCCGAAGAAGGCUGUCCGCAAGGCUCUCCGCGAGGUCAAGAAGUUUGCCCAGAACACGUCCAACGCUAUCGGCACUGUUGCUUCCGAGAUGACCGGAUCAACGACGCUCCAGACCAACUCGCCCACGAACAAGGUCAAGGCUGCUCUCCAAUCUGCGAACAAGAGCAAGGCGCUCGCCCGCCGUCUCUUCUACUCGUACCGCAAGCCCGGGUCCGACCAUCUCGUUAUCGACGACAUUGCUCGGUUCUUCCCUGACCUCGAGACCGCUGAGCGCGCCUUUGGUAUCUUUGACCGUGACGGAAAUGGCGACGCGACCCGCGACGAGAUCGACGCAUCCCUGUUGGAGAUCCACACCGAGCGCCUCUCCCUCGAGGCCUCGAUGCGUGACCUCGACGGUGCCGUCCGCCGCCUUGACGACAUUCUCAUGUGUAUCGUCACCGUGAUUUGGGUCCUCAUCUUCGCUACUAUGAUCACGCAGAAGAUCUCGUCCCUCGUCAGCUCCGCUUCGGCCGCCCUUCUCUCCCUCUCGUGGGUCCUCGGUCCCACCUUCCAGGAGGUCCUCGGUGCUUGCAUCUUCCUCUUCGUCAAGCACCCGUACGACGUUGGAGACCGUGUCGACAUCGACACGAACCAGUACACCGUCGUCAAGAUGGAGCUCAUGUCGUCGAGCUUCCGCCGCCUUGACGGCAAGUUUGUCUGGAUCGGCCACGACGUUCUUCGUACCAAGGUCAUUGAGAACAUUCGUCGCUCUGGUGCCACGUCCGAGACGUUCACCUUUGACGUCGAUUUCCAGACGCCCUUCGACAAGCUGCAAGAGCUUCGUGCUGUCAUGCUUCGCUUCGUCAAGGACAACCCGCGUGACUACCUGCCCAUCUUUGACGUUAUGGUUGACGACUACAACGGCCAGUCCAAGAUGACGCUCAAGGCGGACAUCCGCUACAAGUCGAACUGGCAGCAGGGUGCGCUCAAGGUCCAGCGCCGCAACAAGUGGGUGUGCGAGCUCAAGCAGGCUCUGCACAACCUCGAGAUCUGGGGUCCCCUCGGCAUGGGUAACCCUGACCGUCUCCUCACCGACCGUGUCACCAUGGUGCCGUACGACGAGUACAAGGAGUCGCUGCUCGAGCAGCAGGCGCCUAGCUCGCCGCCGCCCUCGUUCCGCGCCGCGACCGCCGGCAAGGGUCUCUCGGGCCGCCACAACGAGGACACCAACCUCUGGGGUGAGGUCACGUACGAGGACGAGAGCCGUGGCCCUUCGCGUGCCCCGUCGCCUGGCCCCAACUCGGCGUUCCACAUCGGCACCCCGCCCCGCGUUACCUCCCCCGGUCCCUCGUCGACCUUCCGCAUUGGCACGCCUCCCAUUCGCGGCUCGAGCCACCAGAUGCCCUCGGCCCCGGGACCUGCGCCGUACACUCAGCGCCGUAUCUAA